AUGGCGGCGUCCAUGCUAUGCUGCAGGACGGCAAUGUUAUGUCGGACUUUUAAGGGACUUUCAUGUUCAAAACCUGUACUUUCCGCGUCCUCUCUGCUGCAGACAGCGUCCUAUAACCCCAGACCGUUAAAGCUCAACCUCCGUGAUCCGUACAUCCCGGACAAGGACAGCCAGAAGACACCGGAGUGGCAGAAGUCGGCCCGGUACGACAGGAAGCUGUUCGGUCGGUACGGGUCGGCGUCGGGCAUCGAUCCUGCCUCUCUGUGGCCCAGCGACGAGGAGCUGGAUAAGAUCAUCGCAGAGGAGAAGGAGUGGCAGCCACCGCUAGACGUGAUGCUGAAGAACAUCGAGGUCAGGGAGAAGGAGGAAACCAAGAAGCGGCUGGAGAGGGAGAAGCUCAUAGCAGCUAACAUGGCCAAAAUGCCCAAGAUGAUAGCUGACUGGCGCAAAGAGAAGCGUGAAGCCAAGCUCAAGCUGAAGGCGGAGAAAGCUCGCCGUGCAAAGUUGCUGGUCGAGGCCAGAGAGCGUUUUGGCUACAACGUGGACCCCCGCAGCCCCAAGUUCUUGGAACUUAUUGCUGAAAUCGAAAAGGAAGACAAGAGGAAGAAGAAACUCCUGAAACGCAGACAGAGAGAGGAGCAGGUAUCAGCGGCACCCCCGGUCAAACCUCCUGCUGCCUCCUCGUAGUCUUGGACCGAGUCAUUUCAGACAGAACUAUCUGCUGGGCCUCGGUCGAACUGUGUUGAAUGAGAUGGACGGUGUGCUGCAGCUCAGUCGGACAUUUAAGAGUUUCUAAGUUACAGUUCCUGUUUGUGUUGUCUCAUGUUCCCUUUAAAGAAAACACCAUCCAUGAUCUUUUUCUUCUGUAAAAAAUGACCUGAAAUAAAUUAAUUUCUUUACAAACUGAA